AUGCCUCGAAGCAAGCGCCAGAAGCCUGUCAAAGGCACGCCGAAAGAGUUGAUGACGAGGCUCAAGUCCUUAUCUGAAAUAUGCUCCUUUGAUAUAUACUUCAGAUUCGAUACAUUCGCACAGCUUGAGUUUCGCAAGAUAUUUGCACAUAUAGACGAGCGUCAGCUUGAAACCCCUGUUUUGCUGCUCGACAGCAUGUAUGAUGGCCGUGGAGCUGGUAUAAACCUUUGGCUCAACCAAGGUCUGGACAUCGUUCCACAAGGAUACGCUCGCCCACCACCUUAUAUCUCUCACACAACUCCACCGCUCUUGGAAAUACAAGUACCCUAUAGCGAUACUGCCGUCCCAGCUCUGCCGAUAUACCAGGAGAAUGACACUGAAGGUGUACCGGAGACUCCUUUCUGGGUCCGCAUGCGCCGGAUUCUGGACUACCGAUCUCCGAGCAUUGAGUAUUACAAGGGACACACUUUCAAGCGUGCAGCGAGCGUUGGUUCCCUGCCUAAUGCACGUCAGGAAAAGCAGAAACGCCUCUGUCGCUCGCCCUUGCUCGGACCUCUGAUCCGUGAGACACCUGCUCCUCUCUUCGAAUCUGAGAAGGCGACGAUUGACGUGCAUGACGAUGCAAAGUCCUCGAGAAAAAGCAUUGAAGAGAUUGCUUCAGAGCAGCUUGAUUUACUCAAUCGCGAAACUUCUAGUUCUCCCCCUAUCGCACUCAACCAGUCGACAAGUAUUGCGCCUCACGAGAAAAAUUUGUUGAAAGUUAGGGCCGACGAGAUAGCAAACUGGCUGUAUAGUGCUUGGAAUAUUCUCCCAUCUGCUCAUCAUGACCUCCGCUCCAACCUCUUGGCUCUCGGUGCCGCUUCCAAUGGAUUUAUGUUCUCGCAAGCACGAGUAGAGUGCUCUACACGAUUGGCUUUCACUGUCGCACGAGGUCAGAAAGAAUCCGCGACGCCGAUCUGCCUGGCCAGCACAGCUGAUGCUGAACAUCACGUCAGAGAAAUUGUCCAAUGGAUCAAUGGUGUCAAAUUCGAUGCCGACGUUAUACUGAUGCAUGACCUUGUUGUUUUGGUGGGAGCUGCAAUGGAGGUAGUCGACUCCGUUUCCAACUUCAAGGCUGAGAAGAUGAACAAGUUUCUGAUGAUCAAAGCAAAGUGUAUUGCUUCUGCCUGUCUUCUACAAAAUGUCGCCACAGCUGGAUGA